AUGAUUAAAAAUUCACAGGACACACACGAUAUUAAUUUUCCAUAUUCAGUAAAGAAACCACCAUUCCCCCCUCAAUUGACAGUUGAGGAAUUAAUGACAAAUGCGCUCGAAAAAUUACGUAAAAAUAAAAUUUCUAAAACGCCAAAUGCUUUCUUAGCAUAUAGGAUGGCUUUUCAAAAACAGUUUUAUAACACGAAAAGUCAUCCAACAAUGCGAGAUCUCUCGCUUAUGGCCACAAAAUUCUGGCUUCAAGAACCUGAGUAUAUAAAAGCAAGAUACUAUCAAUUAAUGAAAGAAGCAAAAACUCAAUUUGAAAAAAUUUGCAAUCAAAAUUUUCCCUUACAAUUCGUAGAAUAUCGUCCUUGCAUUGAUUUAUCUUCUUCUCAACCAUUGAGAACAUCAACAUAUAAUCCCAAUCAAAAUUUUUGGUCAUCCGAAUUAUCAACAACUACAAAAAUAAAUAUGAUUAAUCCUAUUUCUCCUAUUAUUGAUUCUCAGCAACAGAAAACGGUCGAACAAGGAUCACCAAUUGUCUCGCAGCAACUUAAUUCGAUUGUUCAGUUGGAAGAUAUCGAAAAAAAUAACAAUUCACUUAAUUCUGAUCAAAAUCCAAGUGUUGACAUAGAGGUGUUGACAAAAAGGGCAGCGGAACUUGAGGAUCAAGACAUAACCAUGAACAUUGAUCACGCGAGUUCCAAAUUCUUUCAAUAA